GGGUGCCAGAGACGGAUUCUGCUCGGCUCUGGGACUUGCUCCUCCAAAGGGAGCCCGGCUUGAGGGCUUUGGGGGUCACCAAGGGAGGCUGGCUGUGUCACUGACUGGUCACGGCUGGAGGGGGGAGCCUGCCCCACCAAGGGGGUCCUCAGAGCGCAGCAACUGUGUCCUCCUGGGAUGGACAGACCCUCCUCUGGAGCCCCUGACUCUAGCCGGAAGAGAGAGAGAAAAACAGCUUUGGGUUCUGCUUUCUCCCUGCAGGGAUUUUGAGGAGUGGGAGAUCUGAAGUGGCCUUGGAGGAGGGAUGGAUGCCGAGAGAGGGGAGGAUGGCGAAUUCCGGCUGAUCCUGGUUGGGAAGUCAGGUGGCGGGAAGAGCGCCACGGGCAACACCAUCCUUGGCCGGAGGGUGUUCGAGUCCAUCUUGGAGGCCAAGACCACCACUCUGAGGUGCCAAAGGGGGCAGGGAAGCUGGCAGGGCACAAAAAUAGCCGUGGUUGAUACGGCCGCCAUGUUCGAUUCUGAAGACUAUGAUGAGAUUCUGCAACGGGAGAUCAUGACUUGUAUCGAGCUCUCCUGGCCCGGCCCCCACGCCCUGAUCUUGGUGACUCAGACGGGACGCUUCACCGCCGAAGACGUGGCUGCUGCAAAAUGUGUCCGGGAUAUUUUUGGACCAGAGUCCACCAGGCACACGAUCGUCCUGUUCACCUGUGUGGAGGAUUUGGGCGGAGGCUCUCUGCAGGAGUACGUCCGAAAGUCCGACAACCGGAAUCUCUGUGACCUGAUCCAGCAGUGCGGGAACCGCUUCUGUGGGUUCAACAACAAGGCCACGGGAGCUGAGUGGGAGAGGCAGGUUUCCGAGUUGAUGGAUAUGGUGCAGAGAACCAUUUCCAAGAAUGGGGACAGAUACUACGUCAACCAGCUGAGGGAAAGCCUCAAAAGCAGUGUAACUACACUCUGCCCUAAUUCUGCCCCCCUGUUUUCCAAACUCCCAGGGGACAAUGCCGAACUCCGGCUUAUCCUUGUCGGAAAGUCCGGAGGUGGGAAGAGUGCCACGGGCAACACCAUCCUCGGUGACACCGUGUUCAAGUCCGCCUUAGCAUCAGGGACCACCACCCUGAAGUGCGAAAAGGAGCAGGGCUCCUGGAGGGGGAGGAAAAUUUGUGUCAUCGACACGCCAGCUUUUUUCGAUUCCGAAGAAAUGGAGAAAUCCCUGGAACCAGAGCUGGAAAACUGCCGUCAGAUGUGCCAAUCGGGUCUCCAUGCCUUCAUUUUGGUGACCCAGGUGGGGCGCUUCACAGGUGGAGAUGCAGCAGCUGCCAAGCGCGUCUGGAAAAUCUUCGGGGAAAAGUCCACCAGCCGCAUGAUCGUCGUGUUCACCUGCAAGGAGGAUCUGGAAGGGAAUUCCCUGACGAAGUACAUCGAAGAAGCCAAGAACAAAAAUCUGUGUGAGCUGUUGGAAAAGUGCAACCAUCGCUUCUGCGGGUUCAACAACAAGGCCGAGGGUGGCGAGCGGGAGAAGCAGGUCUCUAAGCUGAUGGAGAUGGUUGAGAAGAUAGUUGAGGAGAAUCAAGGGAAGCCCUAUUUCAUCCCACAAGGGGACGAUGCCGACAUCCAGCUCAUCCUGGUCGGAAAGUCUGGAGGUGGGAAGAGUGCCACGGGCAACACCAUUCUGUGCCGACAGGACUUUGAGUCUCUCUUGGCGGCAAAGACAACCACCGUGGAGUUCCAAAAGGAACAGGGAACCUGGAAGGAGUGGAAAAUUUCUGUCAUUGACACGCCAGCUAUUUUUGAUUCCAAAGUGGAAGAGAAAUCCUUGGAAAAGCAGCUGGAAAACUGCCGUCAGAUGUGCCAAUCAGGUCUCCAUGCCUUCAUUUUUGUGACCCAGGUGGGGCGCUUCACAGCCGAAGACACAGUGGCUGCCAAGCGCGUCUGGAAACUCUUCGGGGAAAAGUCCGCCAGACGCACGAUCGUCGUGUUCACCUGCAAGGAGGAUCUGGAAGGGAAUUCCCUGAAGAAGGACAUCGAAGAAGCCAAGAACAAAAAUCUGCAUGAGCUGAUGAAGAAGUGCAACCAUCGCUUCUGCGGGUUCAACAACAAGGCCGAGGGAGACGAGCGGGAGAAGCAGGUCUCUGAGCUGAUGGAGAUGGUUGAAGAGAUAGUCAAGGAGAAUCAAGGGAAGCCCUAUUUCAUCCCACAAGGGUCAGAAAAAUCAAACUUCGUUCAAAAAUAUCUGAUUGGGGGGAAAAACAAAAAACAAAAAACAUUGAGAUAGAUUGUUUUGGGAGUUAGAUCCUCUGCUUUUUGGAUGUCCCCUCUUCCCUCUCCACUUCUCCGCAACGAUGGCCAGAGGGAGAAGGAGGUGCCUAUCCCGGUACAUGUGUGUAUUCCUGUCCCCCUGCAUUGCUGGCGAGCCGCCAUGAGAUGCAGCUGUCAGGGCGGUGAAGUUUUCUCUGGCCUUCAUGGGGGACCGUCCGGGAUCCUCUUUCCACGCGACAGGGCCGCUCGGCAGGCUGCACUCGGCAAGCAGUCCCAGUGGCAAAAGGUCCUGUGAACGUGUGGAUGGGGACAUCCAGCUUGCAAGCUGGUGUUGCUAGUCGCCUCUGCCACAUCUUGUGCAGUUCCCACUUUUGUGUGGGUUGGUAUGAUGACUCCCAUGGUUCCCAGCAAAUGUCAUGAAGAACUGGCAUCUCUAGUUAGUCCCCUUAAAGCAGGGCUCCCCAACCCAUGGGCCGUGGCCCACUACCGGGCCGUGGCCUGUUCAAAACCGAGUCACGGGCCAGCAUACACGCAUGCACGCACACGCAGAUCAACUCAUGCAACCACUGGGCUGGUGGACACGUGUGCCACUCGACUCGAACGAGCAGGGGGCAGGUAUGCACGUUUAUGUGGACGCAGCUCAGUUUACAUCGCUUGCGCAAGCACACCGGCCCGCGGCUCGCAAGACCCAGUUCCUCCGCCCCAGACGGAUGCCAAGCUGAGAAAUUUGGAGACCGCACCCCUAAUAUCAAACUCACCGCCAAUGUUUUGUUUAGUUGUAAACUAUGGAAAAAGAUGGAACGGUUUUGUUCUGACCUAGGCUUCCUGAGAAAGCACAAAUCGCAAUCUUAGUCCCAGAAAACCUCUUUUAUUGAGACGGCUGUGAAUUAUGGUCAUUCACAGCCCUUAAUGACUCACAAAAAGUCUCUGCAGAUUCCGACAGAUGUCUGCUCAAAUCGACACAGUCUUUCAGGGUAAUGUUGAUAAGCACCCACCUUUCCCUCCCUUUAAACGAUGCCCAUCCUCCUCCCCAACCUCCUCACUGUCCGAAUCUGCUGCCAGGUCUGCUGGCCACAAAAGAUUUUGGAUGGAUAUUGGAAUAUGUUUGCCCACAAGAAUAAUGUCUUUCUCUGUAAUCUACAAAUUGUUCUCUGAAAUAAACCACAUUUAAUAAAAUUUAAAUCAUCGGC